CCAAGAUGGCGGCCUCCAUAGCGCGGCGCGGUGUCCUCCUGGCGCAGAAAAUAGCUCUGCCUCAGCUCUCACUGGCAGGUAAAAGAUGCCUGCUUUCUGCAGCGUAUGUGGACAGCCACAAAUGGGAAGCAAGAGAAAAAGAAGAUUGUCACCUGGCUGACCUAGCAUCUUUAAUGGAUAAAACAUAUGAGAGAAAGUUGCCUGUUAGUUCUUUAACAAUAUCCCGGUUUGUGGAUGGCAUUUCAUCACGAGAAGAGAUAGACCAUGCAGAAUAUUAUCUUUACAAAUUUCGACACAGCCCCAACUGCUGGUACCUAAGAGACUGGACUAUCCACACCUGGAUUAGGCAGUGUCUAAAAUAUGAUGCACAAGACAAAGCUUUAUAUACCCUUGUCAAUAAGGUUCAUUAUGGAAUUUUCCCAGAUAACUUUACAUUUAACUUACUGCUCGAUUAUUUCAUAAAGAAAGAAAAUUAUAAAGAUGCUUUAUCUGUGGUUUUUGAGAUCAUGAGGCAAGAAGCCUUUGAAGUGCCUUCCACCCAGCUCCUCUCCCUCUAUGUUUUGCACUAUUGCCUGGCAAAGAAGACAGACUUCAGCUGGGAAGAGGAGAGGAACUUCGGUGCAUCUCUGUUACUCCCAGGCCUAAAGCAAAACAAUUCAGUGGGGUUGAGUUCCCAGUUAUAUGGCUAUGCGCUUCUUGGGAAGGUGGAAUUGCAGCAAGGACUGCGGGCCGUGUACCAUAACAUGCCUCUGCUAUGGCAGCCGGGGUACCUGGACAAAGCCCUUCAAGUGAUGGAGAAGGUGGCCUCUUCCCCAGAAGACCGAAAAUUGUGUAGAGAAGCGCUCGAUGUGCUGGGCAGAGCACUGCAGGCGCUGACCACUCCGGCCCCUGAGUCUUCAGGGGAGCAGCCGGAAGAAGGCAACAGCAGCCAGGGCCCAGAAGAGCUGGUGGAGCAGUUGGACACGGAGGAGACAGAACAGUCCAAGCUUCCCCAGUACCUGGAACGAUUCAAGGACUUACUUUCUAAGCUUCAAAGUAUGGGCAAAGUUGAGUCCAGAAGCCUUUUGACUCUGACCACCGAGCUUGUUCGAGAGCAACUCCCCACCUGUGAGGCAGAGGACUUGGCCACUUAUGAGCAGAAGCUGCAGCAGUGGCAUCUGGAACGGGUGCAGUUGAUUCAGAGGGAACAGGAGCAGAGGAAACGGGCAAAGCAGGCGUACCAGUCUCGAAGAGCUGCAAAGGCAUCUGCCUGAUGGCCCCUGCAGAGCUCACCAGACCCUGACAUAGGACUCACAGGGACUGUGACGCAGGCCUGUUUCCCCCGCCAUCUCCUUUUCUCCAAGCAGGACCCUGUGGUGUAAAAGUGCUCUGUAUCAAGGCUGUGUGUAUCGGCAAGGCAUCCCGAUGCCAGAGGGGCUGUGCCACUAGGAAAGUGGCAAGUGACCUGACUAAAAAAUAAGGAGCUUGAAGCUUAUGGAGAAGUUCCUGGGUGACAGGGAGCAGUUUCGAACAUUGAAAGUUCCUGAUCCUUAGAGAAGGUGGUGGGAGAGGCUGUGGUUCAAGGAACGGGUCUUCAGUAUUAAAUAGUGUCUGCCUUCCCAGCAGAGGGGAGCUGCAUGUCUGUGACCCAGUCCUCCUUGGUCUCCUGUUUAGUACAAGUUCUCUCCCUGAGUUGGGUGCCCACACGGCCCGCUUUCUCCUUCCCCUCGGUCUUUCCCUUCCAGACCUGAACUGGGGAAAGUUCAGUACGGGAAUGAACUCAAGAUCACGGACACACUGCUUUUCAAAUUUUGGGAGACCAAUUUGGCAUUUUAGAACAUAGGGACUUUUGAGGGGGAAACUAGCACUUGCCCUGAAACCUCCUUGGCUUGGCUUCUCCAUCAUAUCCGGGUCACUUUUGUCCAAAGCAUUGUCUCAGCUCCGUCAUCAAGCAGAUGAAAUGAGCCGUAUGUGCACACACAUGCACCAUUUUGACACCCAGUAAGAGAAAAUGGGGAAUAUGAGAGAUGAGCUGGGGCUCAAAGUACAUAGCAGACAUGAAUAGUUGUAAAGCUGUCGAGAGGUGGAAAACUCCCUUCUGUACUUUCUCUGUGAAAGGGUUAGGGGGUAGCUCUUGCUCGCGAUGUAAUUUUGCCUGUAACGCAGUGGUGUACACUUCCUCGGGUCUGUGCUCUUUUAUCAAGCAUCUAUGGAAAUAAAUCUUC